AUGUCGCGGUGGAUUCUGAACAAGGACAGUGACUAUGGUCCAUGGAUCUAUUCCCUCUCUCCAGCCCGUUGUGUCACACCUAUACUGCCCCCCACUGGCCGUUUGUCUCACUGCGCCUCAGAGAGAGAGAGACUGCUACCUCUUCCUCUUCGCUUGUGGUUGUCCUGGUUUGAGUGUGAGGAGGUGCUGCUGAACUUUCCGUCUCCCAUCUGCCCCUUUCCCACCUCUCCCACUCGGAGAAAACCCACCUACUCAACGUGUGCUCGGCUUCUCUGCAGCCUCCGCCCAGAACCGAGCAAAAGUGUGAGCUUCAGGACAUCACUGCUGGACAUAUAUGCUGAGGCAGAGGAGACUGAGGUGGGGGAGGAGGAGAAGCUGGUGGUGGAGGAGGAGGAGGCUGAGGAGGUGGGGCUGGUGGAGGAGGAGGAGGAGGAAGAGCAGGCGGGGCUGGUGGAGGAGGCUGAGGUGGGGGAGGAGGAGAGGCAGGUGGAGGAGGAGGAAGAGGAGGCAGAGGAGGCGGGGCUGGUGGAGGAGGCAGAGGAGCUGACGGAGCUGCGCGGUUUCCUGGAGAGGAGUGGACCCACGCCUACCGUGGCGGUGACUCGUUGCCACAGGGGCGCGGCGAACCGGCGGACUGUCGGCGGGAAGGAGGAAAGGGCAAAAACACCGGAGAGAGCACCGGCGUCCUCCACCACCAGUGCGGGCGAGGGAAGACUCGGCGCGCAAACUGUCCUGUCCUGCAGCACGGAUCGGACCGCAGAGGAGUGGACCGCGGAGGAGCUCGGCACCGCGUUUGGAGAAGGCUACGCGUGGUGA